CCGUCAAGUACACGUGGCGCCAGACUCGUGACCGCUGCAUCAGACUCGCAUCUGCUCUCUCCCAGCUCGGGAUCUCCACCGGCGAUGUGGUUACAACUUUUUUUUUUUUAGCUUGAUUUAUCGCAUGCCUCUUGUUCAAUCUGUUUCAGGGAAAAAGAAUGCGAUGGAAUACGAAGAUGUUGUGGCCAUGGGGAAAUCUGAUUUCGAGGUUAAACGACCAAACGAUGAGUGUGAUCCUAUAUCUGUCAAUUACACGUCAGGUACCACUUCAAGCCCCAAAGGUGUUGUUUAUAGUCACAGAGGUGCUUAUUUGAAUUCUCUGGCUGCGGUUUUGCUCAACGAAAUGCACUCAUCGCCUACUUUCUUAUGGACUAAUCCCAUGUUUCAUUGCAAUGGCUGGUGCUUAUUGUGGGGUGUUACUGCUAUUGGUGGGACUAAUAUAUGUUUGAGGAAUGUAACUGCCAAGGGUAUAUUCGAUAAUAUUUCCCAGCACAAGGUGACUCACAUGGCAGGUGCGCCAACAAUAUUGAAUAUGAUCAUCAACGCGCCUGAAUCCGAGCAGAAACCGCUUCCGGGGAAGGUAUCCUUUAUAACCGGUGCUGCACCACCACCAGCUCAUGUGAUUUACAAGAUGGAAGAGUUGGGGUUUUCUAUGUUCCAUUCCUAUGGGUUAACUGAAACUUAUGGACCAGGCACUAUCUGUACAUGGAAACCUGAGUGGGACUCUUUGCCUAGAGAAGAACAGGCGAAAAUGAAAGCCCGACAAGGCGUUAAUCAUUUGGGGAUCGAGGAAAUACAAGUAAAAGAUCCUGUAACCUUGAGAACUUUGCCAGCUGAUGGUGUGACUAUGGGUGAAGUUGUCUUCAGGGGAAACACAGUGAUGAAUGGUUACUUAAAGAACCCUGAAGCAACCAAGGAAGCUUUUAAAGGAGGCUGGUUUUGGAGUGGUGACUUAGGUGUUAAACACCCCGACGGAUACAUUGAGCUCAGAGACCGAUCGAAAGACAUUAUAAUCUCUGGAGGAGAAAACAUUAGCUCGAUUGAAGUUGAGUCUACUCUGUUCACUCACCCUAACGUUCUUGAAGCAGCUGUGGUUGCGAGGCCAGAUGAGUAUUGGGGUGAGACUGCUUGUGCAUUUGUGAAGCUCAAAGACGGGUCUAAGGUCAGUGCGGAGGAGCUUAUAAGCUAUUGCAGGGACAGGCUUCCCCAUUACAUGGCUCCGAGGAGUAUCGUGUUUGAGGAUCUUCCUAAAACAUCGACUGGAAAAGUUCAGAAGUUUGUUCUGAGGACCAAGGCUAAGGCUUUGGGAAGCUUAUCAAAGAAAAGCGUAAGCAAGUUAUGAAUUGGUAAGCUAUUUUUAUUACUUCCACCCUCUUCGAAAUGUGUGUUAUAAAAUUACUUCUGUCUAUGAGAUCAUGUUGUGUGAAUAAAAAAACUUAACCCAAGUUUGUAUGUUUUCUAAAAUAAAGAAGACCGGGAUGAAAUUGACUUCCGGAAAAUUA